UCUGCCAUUCUCUAAUCUCUCUCUCUCUCUCCGUCUCGUCCCAAAUCCUUAUCGCUUUUGUUGCCUCGAGACCGUAUGCAUUUCUUCCCACCGCCCUUCUGCUGCUGCUAGUCCGAUCCAUUGCCGCCUUCUGGCGGAACUGACCCAUUUCGGUACCUCCUCUGCCUGGCAAUGAUUCCGUCAGGCACUGGAAUCCGUCCGGAUGGUUCUCUCACUGCAAGCACUGAUCCUCAUAUGGAAGCCGGAACUGGCGGGAGCACUAGCGAUGCGUUGAAGGAAGCUCCGCCUUUGGCUUCCGACAAAGAUGAGAAUGAUCACUUUGUGAGGUUAAGCUCUUCCUCGGAAUCCUCCUGUUCGUCGUUCGACCCCUACCGUUUGGAUGAACAUGAGAUCAUGAAUAGCUCGUCGGCCGUUAAUGGUCACCCGAAACCCGAGAAGGCCUCCCACUCAUCUUUUAGAUAUGAUCAUGAGGACGGUACUCCCAAUUCCUCUUUGCUCGUGCCUGAGCAUUCGGGCAACCAACUGGCGGAACCCUCAGUGGGGCGAACUUCAGAUGGUUCACUGCACUCGAGCUCGAGCAGCGGGUCGAUAAUGCAGUGUCCUCAGGUUCAGGUGAUGCAAAGGACCAGCGACUUGGAUAGCGGUAGCCCUUCCCCGUAUAGGAUUCCCUCUUCGGUGUUUGCUAGGACCACGACUACCGCGCAGGAAUGGAGCGUGACGUCGAACGAAUCACUGUUCAGUAUCCAUACCGGAAACAUGAGCUUCACAAAGGAUAUGUAUUGGAUGUACAAGUCUGGCGAGCUCGGCAGACCUGGAGACCCGAUCAUGUCCCCCUCAAUGAAGGACUACUCGAGCAAUCAGCCGCCGCCUCCAUUAGUGGACUACACGAGCAAUCAGCCAUCACCUCCAUUGGUUGACUACUCGAGCAAUCAGCCCCUGCCUCCGUUAGUCGAUAAUCCCAGCAGCAGCCUACCGUCGUCAAAGCUGCCUAGCAACUCCAUCGACAUCUUCAAGACCAAUGCGAACUUGUAUGAGGGUCUGCGUGCAACCCCAGAGGCCGUCGAGACAAUGAAGUCGGUACUAAGGGAAAACGCAGAAGCCGAUCGCGAGAAAGAGCGAUUGUCUCACGCAGAAGGGGCUUCUUGUCAUUCUGCUACAGCUAGUCCCUCCCACCACUCCAGCGCAAGCGGGGCCAGCACAAAAUCGUUUGCGUUUCCCAUACUGGGAGGCGACGGAGCGAAGAGCGGCUCUAGCAAGGUGGCUCCGGGUAGCAUAAGGCAACACUCACAAUCAGUGCGGCCGAAUCUCGAGCCUCAGAGUCCCCAACCACAGACCCGUCAGGAGCGACAAACUGCCAAGGCGACGGCCCCCGUAGACACGGGCCAGACCCGAUGGUUCUCUUGCUUCUCUUGUUGCUCCUUCUGUUCUUGAGCGUCGACCAAGACAUCUCGUUUAUAUUAUACACUGAUGUGCAGGCUAGUCCUCGUCGUGCCAUCAUAUAUUACAACAGCUUCCUUUU